AUGCAACAUGCAAGAUCACAGGAAGAAGCAACAGGAACCAAAUCGGAAAACCGGAAACCCCAAAAAGGGAUCGCCGGGAAACCAAAGGAACAAAGAUACAUCUACCUAUUUUCCUCCAUAUCCAUGGCGAUUUUCCUUCUUCUCUUCUCUAUAUUCAUCAUCACCACCACCAUCACCUCUAGCUCGGCUGUCAUUACAACCAACCCUGCUAAAUCCGAUACCUUUAAACCUCCCGAUAACUACCUAAUUGAUUGUGGUUCCUCGUCCCCAACAACUCUUCAAGAUAGACGUAUAUUCAUAUCGGAUUCAACUUCCUCACAAUAUUUGCAAUAUGAUGGUCAUGAUAUCAUCGUGGCCGAUCAAUCUGCUGAUGUGCCUCUUCCUAUUUACAAAACUGCAAAAGUUUUUAAUGAUGAAGCAACAUACUCUUUUCAUGUCACAAAACCCGGUUGGCAUUGGAUAAGGCUGCAUUUUUAUCCUAUUGAGAAUAAAGAAAUUAAAUUGAAGGAGACCAAAUUUACUGUUGUUGCAGCCGAGUCUUUGGUCUUGUUACAUGAACAUUGUCCUAAAGGCGUUGAAAUGGAAGAAUACCUAAUGAAUGUGACAACUCAACGUUUGAAUAUCAGGUUUUCAGGUGAGAAGGAAAAUCUGGCUUUUGUUAAUGCGAUUGAGGUAGUUUCUGCACCUGAUAUAGUAAUAACGGACACCAGUGACGCUUUGUUUCCUGUGGGGAAAAAGGUUGAAGGAAUGACGAAAAAUUCCUUUCAAAAGAUGUACCGGCUUAACGUUGGAGGGGCUACCAUUGGUCCAGGGAAUGAUACCUUGGGACGAACAUGGGAUUCUGAUCAGAAGUUUCUUAAGUCUCAAUCUGCUGCGAAAAAUGUCUCAAUUGCACCUAAUGUUGUUACAUAUCUUGAAGGUGGUUCGCCGUUGAUUGCGCCACCUACUGUUUAUGCUUCUGCCAUGGAAAUGGGGAACGCAAAUACAAUAGCCCCAAAUUUCAAUGUAUCGUGGCAAUUUGAUCUUGAUAAAUCCUAUCCAUAUCUUGUUCGCCUGCAUUUUUGUGACAUUGUUAGCAAAUCGCUGAAUGAGUUGUAUUUCAAUGUGUAUGUUGGAGGGAAAAUGGCGAUCUCAGCUCUUGAUUUGUCGACGGUGACCAAUGGUUUAUCAGUAGCUUACUACAAAGAUUUCUAUGUGGAGCCAUCUGUAGUAUCAAGCCCGUUCUUGGUUCAGAUUGGCCCGUUGAAUGAACCCACAGGAGCCAAGAAUGCAAUUUUAAAUGGUCUGGAAAUUUUGAGAAUCAACAACACGGUUAAUAGUUUAGAUGGAGAGUUUGGUGCUGACGGAAGGACGGCUGGUGGCCCUAGCCGAGGGACGGUUGCAGCUGUUGGGUUUGCGAUGAUGUUUGGUGCUUUUGCCGGGUUAGGUGCAAUGGCUGUGAAAUGGCAGAAGAGACCUCAAGAUUGGCAGAAAAAGAAUAGCUUUUCUUCAUGGUUACUUCCUCUUCAUGCUGGUGAUGCGAGUUUUAUUUCAUCAAGCAAGACCUCAUUGGGUUCAAAAAAGAGUGCUUUUUAUUCUUCAACAAUGGGUUUGGGUCGAUACCUUUCGUUUGCUGAGUUACAAGAAGCUACAAAAAACUGGGAUGCAAAGUCAGUAAUAGGUGUGGGUGGUUUCGGGAAUGUGUACCUUGGAGUACUUGAUGAUGGUACAAAAGUUGCAGUUAAACGUGGAAAUCCACAAUCUGAACAAGGCAUCAAUGAGUUCCAAACUGAGUUACAAGUGUUGUCAAAACUUCGCCAUCGCCAUUUGGUGUCAUUAAUCGGGUAUUGUGAUGAGAACUCUGAGAUGAUUUUAGUGUAUGAAUAUAUGGAACACGGGCCUUUGAGGGACCACUUAUAUGGAAAAGGUUUGCCAACAAUCUCAUGGAAGCAAAGAUUAGAGAUUUGCAUAGGGGCGGCUCGUGGACUUCACUACCUCCACACAGGGGCAGCCAGUGCCAUCAUCCACCGUGACGUGAAGUCCACCAAUAUAUUGCUAGACGAAAAUUUCAUUGCAAAGAUGGCGGAUUUUGGGCUUUCAAAAGAUGUAGGUAUGGGGGAAGCCCAUGUAAGUACUGCGGUUAAAGGGAGUUUCGGAUACUUAGACCCGGAAUACUUCCGUAAACAACAAUUGACUGACAAAUCUGAUGUGUACUCGUUUGGGGUGGUGUUGUUGGAGGUGUUGUGUGCCAGGCCUGCCAUUGACCCUGCCCUACCAAGAGAACAAGUCAACUUAGCAGAGUGGGCCAUGCAAUGGAAACGGAAAGGGCUAUUGGAUAAAAUAAUUGACCCAAAUUUGGUUGGACAAAUCAACCCCGACUCGAUGAACAAGUUCGCAGAAGCGGCUGAGAAAUGCUUGUCAGAAUAUGGGGUUGACAGGCCAACCAUGGGGGAUGUUUUGUGGAACUUGGAGUAUGCAUUGCAACUGCAGGACCAGGGGAAAACAGAGGAAGGGAGCACUGGGUCAGGAUCAGCACUAGCAAAUGGUGCGCCGCUUGCACCAGCUGUUGAUAACAGGCCUGUUACAACAUCUGCCCAGUCCAACCAGAAUCCAGCUGAAGUUCAAGUCAUCGAGGAGCAUUCAGGGACUGCCAUGUUUGCAAAUCUCAACAGCCGGUAAACCCAUCAGAUAACCAGAUCAGACAGAAGAUAAGAAGGGACUAAAGGACUAAAGGAGACAAUUACAAUUUCCUUUUUCAAUGUUGUUUUUUAUGAACAAGAUAGUAGGGUACUAGCAUGAUAGUUAUGCAGUCUUUUCCUUCUUAGUUUAGUUGGUAUAAUUGUACAUAUAGCUCUGAGAAAGGACUCUAAGUUGUGCAGUUCAAUAGUAUAAUUACACCAAAUUCCGGCCACAAUUAUUGAUAGUUACAGCUUUGACUGCAGUUCAAUAGGCUCAGUUC